AUGCGCUGUUGUAUUUCAUCGUGUAAAAAUGAUUCGAGACACGUAUCUAAGUCUGAAGGAAUUACUUUUCAUGCGAUUCCAACAGAACCAAAUAUAAGAGCAAGUUGGCUGAAAGCUCUUGGUAAAAAUGAUUGGCCGCCUCGAGAUAGGAGGGUGGUGUGCUCUGAACAUUUUCUCUGUGAAGAUUUGUAUGAAACUAAGAAUGGAUUAAGGAAAGUUAGGAAUGGUGCAGUGCCCGUAGUAAAGAAUACCUCAAAUUGUAGUUUUGAAGAUACAACAACAAUAAUGGAAAUCGAGUUAAGGGUUUGCAGAAUAUGCCUUGGUACGAAUAAAAAGCUGUUUUCACUCAAAACACAUGACUUGGAGCAAAUGUAUGAGUGUCUUACAGGGAUGUCGCCCUGCAACGACAAUUUACCACAGUAUCUAUGUUCAGAAUGUGCCCAAAGACUGUCAAAUUGUAUAAAAUUUCGAAAUAAAAGCUUAAAAGCGCAUUCUUUGAUGUUGGAUAUAGUAGAAAAAGAGAAUAUUAUAACAUUAGAAAAUUUAAAACUUAUUAACCGGGAAGAGAACCAGUUAUCUUCAAGUUUAAACCAAAAACUAUUCAACCCAGAUCAUUUCGACAUAGUCAUAGAUGAAUGCACAGAAGCUCAAAAUAUAAAGGCGGACAAAUUAGAAAACGAUUUAAAUUUAGACGAAGUGAAGAGUGAGAAGAAUGAUGAAGAAGAUAUAUUUGUGGAAACCAACGAUGAUCUAAAAACUUCGGAUACAGAAUUCUUGCCAAAGGAAUACUCAACGGAUGACAGUCUGCCAUUGGAAUGUCAAAGGAAGAAAAAGAAGAAGACGAAGAUAAGAGAAGAGAAGAAAGCGAAGAAGAAGAAGGAGGAAGUACCAAAAAUCGACAGACGUCGCAAACCUUUUUUGAAUGAUGAUUUAAAUGAAACGCUUUUUACAAUUACCGAUUUGACGUUUGAAGAACAAGUAGCGGAGAUAGAGAAAAGGCAGGAGUCGUCGAAUUAUAAAAAUUCAAUGUUCAAGUGUACUGAGUGUUUUAAAGGGUUUUUGGAUGAAGAUGCAUAUAAUGGGCACAUGACGAGGCACACAAAUCAAUGCGGGGAAUUUGAGUGUGAUAUAUGUAAAACUCAUUUUAAACAUCCUCACGCGUUAAGGAAGCAUAUAACGGCGCAUCACACGCAAAGGUUUAGUUGUAACCAGUGUCCGUACGUCACUACACAUAGACAAACAGCAAGGUUACACGAGCGUUGGCAUAAAGGAACGAAGUACAAAUGCCCCCACUGUCAAGACGAAUUUGUUAAAUUCACAACUUACAUGGGCCAUAUACGUAUAAAGCAUCCGUCCGACUUUGUCUGUGCUCUCUGCGGGUACACUUUUGUGAGUGAGAAAGGUAUUGAGUUGCACAAAAAGUUGAAACAUCGCCUUGAUGAUGGAUUGAUACCAGAAGACGGUCCACUCUGUGAACUUUGCAAUGUCAAAUUCGUCUCUCAAGACGCGUAUAGACGACAUCUGCACGUGUCUGCGAGGCAUAAUAAUAGUGACUCAGAUUCCAAGGAUUCGAACAGAGCCAGACGAGGUAGGAGGUCGAAGGAGUUAAAAGAUGUAGACAGCAAGAGGGAUAGGAGUAGAGAAGGCAGUGAGAAGAGAAAAGUGUAUCCGAGUCAAGUGAGAAAGGCAGAGGGUCCUAUACCGUGUGAACAGUGCGGUUUACAGUUGGAAGAUUCCAGAGCGUAUCACGGUCACUUCAGAAGAAUGCACCCGGACAAGAAUCGAACCAAGUACCCCUCUAUGAAAUCACCUUGUAUGUGCGAAGUGUGCGGGCGAAUGUUCCAGAGCUACGCCCUGCUGAAGGACCACCGGUGGACGCACACCGGGGAGCGCCCGUUCGCGUGCGAGGCGUGCGGCAAGGCCUUCCGCAUGCGCCAGCGGCUCGUGGCGCACCGCCGCGUGCACGCCGCGCGCCGCCAGUACGCCUGCGCGCUCUGCGGGAAGACCUUCUCCACGCACAGCAACCGCCAGAGGCACAUGUUUAUCCACACGGGUUUGAAGCCGUUCAAAUGCGAAAUGUGCGGGAAGUGUUUCAAGCACGCCAGCGAGAAGCGUGCUCAUAUAACUUACGUGCACCUCAAGAAGCCCUGGCCCAAACGGGCGAGGGCUAAACGCAGGGAGAGACCGGGUCAAGCGCAAGAAAUUGAGGAGGCUGGCAGUGAAGUGCAUAUGGCCCCAGUUUGGCCUCAACAGGAUCUCAAAUCUACGUAUUGUCAUCUUAGAGUG